AUGCUGUUGGAAAAGCCCGAGGACGUCAAGCACGAGAACUCAUCAGGCACUGUAUGCGCUAUUUAUGGGAUAGACGCUCAUCCAAAACUACAGCUUUUUGCAACGGCUGGAGGAGACAAUAAUGUUAAAAUUUGGUCCCUUCAAGUGCCACACGAGGAAGGAAUUGCUUCAUUUGAGCUUUUGGCAACUUUAUCAAAUCAUCAACAAGCUGUAAAUUGUGUCCGAUGGACAAAUCAUGGACGAUAUUUGGCUUCAGGUUCCGAUGAUCAAUUGGUUUUACUCUAUGAAGUACAAACGGGUCUUCCAGCUCCUGUUCCUUUUGGAUCAAAUGCAAAACUUAACAAACAAAAUUGGGUCCGAUGUGCUACACUGGAGAGACAUACAAUGGAUGUGGCAGAUAUUGCGUGGUCACCGGAUGAUCGGAUGCUGGCAACUUGUAGUAUUGACAAUACGAUUUUAAUCUGGGAUAUUGGUCUUGGAGGACUGAGUGAAGUCAUGACGCAGCCAUUGCAAACGCUCACUGGACAUAAUGGAUGGGUCAAAGGUGUUGCGUGGGACCCUGUUGGCAAGUAUUUAUCGAGUGCUGGAGAGGACAAGACGGUUCGAAUGUGGAAAGUAGCCGAUUGGCAAGAGUCGGACAUUGUGACCGAGCCAUUUGAGGGAUGUGCUUCGACAUCGCACUUCCGUCGAUUGUCAUGGUCUCCUGACGGCUCGGUUCUCUGUGCUACACACGCUUUCAGCUCUAAGAAAAACAUCGCGGCACUAUUAAACCGCGGAUCCUGGACAAACGACCUCAAAUUUGUCGGCCACCAGGGUGUUGUAACCAGUGCUCGAUUUAACCCGAAACUACUUGUAACUACAGCAGAUCCAGAUAAGGAAUUUGCAUGUUGUGCAGUAGGUGGUGACGAUGCGACUGUAAGCAUCUGGCUAGCUCAUUUAGCACGCCCACUCGCUGUCAUUAAGGACUGCUUUGACUCGUCCGUAACGGACUUGACAUGGUCAAGUUCCCAGUCUCUACUCCUCGCCUGCUCGCUUGACGGCUCCGUCUGCUGCUUCCAGUUUGGUGGAGAUGAGAUUGGCACUCCUAUUUCCGAUGCGCAGCAAAGUAAGCUUCUCCAGGCGAAGUAUGGAUCACGAGCCGGUAUUACGCUCGCAUCGACAUUGGCUGAAAACCCGAUUCAGCUUCAGCUUGAAGAAAAGCUGACAACUUUACCACAGUUGGCUAUCAGUCAGAACUCUGACGGCGGCACUGCUACCAUAGCAAGCCACACAACCAACACACUUAUCCCAAAGAAGAAAAUGGUAGAAAUUCAGGCGACCAACACGCCGCAAAGCAGACUACCAAAUGUAGCAACUGAUAAAAAGCGAAUUGCUCCGGUACUGCUUCAGACGGACACCCAGUUGUCAGCAAAUAAUCCAGCAUCGUCGCAGAAUAAUAUCCGCAAUAUCUUGGGCCCGACACUCCUUUCACCGACGGCGUCGGACGCCACACUCUUGGAUACUCGCAUGGCCUUAACGAGUGAAAAGGAGGUCAGUGUUGUUUGUGCGGUCAAUGAUUCUGCUGCGUUCGAGUCAAACACUGCGCCGAGUUGUAGCGAAACGGCUGGGCUUGCCCCAAAGGAGAAUUCUGCCGUACCAACGACAAAUGACGCACCUCUUAAGUCGCUGAAGAUAGAGGGGAAGAAAAAUGGGUCCGAUGGUACUUCUUUGAAAAGGAAAAGAGAAAGUGAUCGACCUUCAACUCGAGCUAUCGCCGUAGUAGCAAAGUCAAGAGAAGUCGCCGCCCGAGCACCAAAACUACUGAACGAAAGCACUAGUGCUGGCAUGACCAGCCGGGGUCAGUUGCUACCUGAAUUUCCAGUUCGGCUGCUUUUUUCAGUAGAAAUAGACACGAAGACACAGUCCAGCAUUCCAGGCUCAAGAUUGAAUGACAACACAAGAAGGUUGAUGUCGUCUAAAAUGGUGAUAGAAGUUACCGUUCACAAUCUGAAGAAUCCUCAACCAGAUGAAAUCAUAAAGUUAGGUCCAGUUUAUUCAACGAUAAAAUGUUCGGAAGGGAGCGAGUUAAAGUGGAUCGAUCGUGUCCCUGGUCGUGCUGUUUGCGUAGUGGGAAACGCGAGGUAUUGUGCAAUUGGUAUACACAAUGGCGACCUUUUGAUUCUUAGUAGCAAUGGACGACGCUUGUUGCCAUGCAUUGCUUUGGGAAGUGCGAUAUCAGUAAUGGAGUGCAGUAAGAGCGAGUCACCGUAUUUGCUGGUGAUAUUGGGGACAGGCGAUUUGAAAGUCUGGGAUCUAGCUCAACACAAGCUUAUACUAUCAAGCUCAAUCGAAGCAAUUGCAAGCAUUACACCAGAAGAAGAUCGCAAGCUAACUUUGCUUCGGUGCCAAGUUACGAAGAAAGGGAUGCCGCUUAUUACUUUUGCUGAGUCAAGCUCCGAAACGAUAGGCAAUUCUAGCUUGCUGUCGUACACAUUCGACUCAGCUAUGUCCUCCUGGAUGCGCGUGGCGGACGACAGCUUUGUGUACUCGGAUUUUGCAUCCGCACUCCCAACAGAUGCCGUAACAGUCAAAAGCGUCCCUGUUGGUCCAUUGCGGCAGCUCCAAAAUGCCUCCUCUUACGGUCGAAUUCAGAGAGGAAUCGCUUCAGCCAUGCUUUCUGGAAUGUCAGACCCGCUGAUGCAACGCAAUGUGACGCGCUCGCAUCUCGAGCACCAGGCUGCCGCUGCAAUCGUGCUGAAAAGCGCAACUGAAUAUUGCUAUUGGGUACAGGCGUACGCAAGGUUUCUGACCCAUGAUGAAGAUGUAACUCGCCUGGAUGAACUUUGCGCUGAAAUGAUGGGCCCCUUCCACGCAUCGUCAGCUCCAAGUUCAGUCAAUGGCAAGGACUCCACACUAAGUGUAGACGAGAGCAGCGAGUGGGAUCCUAUGGUUCUGGAUCUCGCUAAACGGGACGUGUUGAAGGUACAUAUCUUGCCGACGGUUGCGACAAACCGCGCAUUGCAGCGCGUUGUGACGAAGUAUCAGUUGAUGCUGAGCGAGAUUGACUUCCGCGAAAAGGACGAUGAAGACGAGGACGAAUCUUAUGAAGACAGCGCUUAUUUGGCAGGCUGCGUCUCGAGAUCAUUGGCAGAAUGA